GAACUUUACAAUCGCUGAAAGCUUGCAAUCUGCUUGAUAUACUCCUGCAACAGUCAGAUUUCUUGGCAUGCAGAAUCAACCCACUCCCACAUUCCUUUCCAUCACCAGACAUUACACUCUUUUAACUCAUGAUUGGUUGAUGAAAUGGCCCCCUCCAUCACGCUACUUGGUGUUGCCAGCCUAGGCGCCUUGGCGCUUUGCCAGGUUACUGUCGACACCACCUCCAAGCUGCAAAGAAUCGACGGCUUUGGCUUCUCCCAGGCUUUCGGUCGUGCCAAGGAGUUCCAGAAUGCGCCUGUGGCUCUUCAAAAAGAGGCUCUUGAUCUACUGUUCAGCCCUACCAAGGGUGCUGGGUUCAGCAUCAUCCGCAACCGCAUCGGUUCCGGGGGCAAAGGAGAUAGCAUCCUUCCCACGAGUCCUGGCUCGCCUUCAGGCAAGCCGACCUAUACCUGGGAUGACGAUGACAGCGGCCAGGUUUGGUUCACGAAGCAGGCCGUUAAUUAUGGGGUGAACCAAAUCUACGCUGAUGCUUGGAGUGCUCCUAGUUUCAUGAAAACCAGUGGCAACGAGGCGACGGCGGGAUAUUUAUGCGGCACGACUGGCCACACUUGCUCCUCUGGUGAUUGGAGACAAGCCUACGCCGACUUCCUUGUGCAGUAUGUCAAGUACUACCAGCAAGCCGGACUCAAUAUUACCCACCUCGGCUUUCUCAACGAGCCCGACUUCUCUCCUGGAUACUCCCAGAUGCAAAUCAGCUUCAAUGCUCAGGAAGCCAUCUCUUUCAUUCCCACUCUGUCCAAGGCCGUCGAAUCUGCCGGUCUCAAGACCGCAGUCACUUGCUGCGAUGCCGUUGGCUGGGGCUCAACCGUCAAAUACACCAACGCUCUCGUUGCCGCCGGUAUGGAAUCUCACUUGGGCCUGAUCACCUCGCACACCUACUCAGGUGACGCCAACACCGCUCUCAACACUAAGUUGUCUUCGUGGGUUACCGAGUCUGGCAUCACUACAGCCUUUGACCUGACCUGGUACAAGAACGGAGGAGCAACCGAGGGCAUGACCUGGGCGAACAAGAUCGCCGUUGGCAUCAUAAACGCCAAGCUCUCUGCCUACCUCUACUGGGAGGGUUUCGAGCUCAAGCAGCUACAGUCUGAUUCCCACCUUGUCGAUACCCAGGAUGGCAAGACCGCGACGCCAUCGGCUAACUUUUGGGCAUUUGCAAUGUGGUCGCGGCACAUCCGCCCCGGCGCACAAAGAUUGCAGACGUCGGGCAUGGUGGCGUCCGACGUCUUGACGGCAGCUGUUCAAAAUAAGGAUGGGUCUAUCGUGGUCAUCUUCACGAACAAUGACAGUGCUGCUAAGGCUGCUAGCGUCUCCUUCAAAGGUUUCACUCCCAAGGCUGCGAGCGCGUGGGUCACUAACAACACCCACAAGUUCGCUUCCACGGGUGCCAGCAUCUCGGGCUCCGGGGUGUCCGUCUCUGUUCCUUCUAAGGGUGUCGUCACUGUCAAGUUGACCUGACGGAGAUGCUAUAAGUACUUAAGUAGGUGAUGGUUAAGCAUUCUUGCUAGACCGCUAGAAGGACACGUAGACCUAGCUAGAGGAACAAGAAACCUUCCCUUCCUCAUUUAAGGAUUCUCACUUGAGAAAGGAAGUACGAGUUGCAACAUUGCUCCUACCGCCCUUGACAAUCCAAAAUAACGGAGACGACGAGCUUAACGAUCUUCCUUAUCCAUCGAGGGAUCGAGCUUUUAAAAUAAAUAAUAAAUAACUAACGUGGUUCAUCAGUCAGCCGGCCGGACCA